CGAAGCCGUGCGCAAGAAUAGCUUUAGAAUUAAUAGUGGUCAACUGAUGUGAGACAUUCGAGUGCGAGGUGAACGUCACAACACCCCAUGGCGACCAAAAUAAGUCAACGGUGAUCGUCCGCCCGGCGAGUGAGAGAAUAUCGACUGUGUAUCCAGAACCAAAUCAAAACUUGCCACGAUUUUGGAUUAUCAUCGAUUCAGGUUUUGAGAACGUCUAUCGCGUGACUAUGGAUUACAAGCAUGGAUUAAAGGACUGGUGUGAAGGGACGACAUGCAAUUAACGAAAAUUUGACCUUUUUGGAUAUUCAAAAAUGCAUUUUUCGGUAUGUUCAACUGCAUACGUUUUUCAAUGGACGAUGAUGCGUACGUCAACUGGUUUCCGAUAGGCGACAUUGAGCUUCCUUUGCAUGUGCUUUGAUCAGUGAUCAUUUUGCUGUGGUGAGUGAUCAUAGGCCCAAAAAAAUGCUGAUGAAACAUUCCGUACGUUUAAUUACUGUCAUUUAACUCUGAUAGCAUUGAUAUCGUUAUCAUUUAGAGCCUAACGGCCGGGCGUCUUCCUUAAGGAUGUCUCCGUUUAGGUAUGUGCAGUUGACUGUCCACAUCAACUAGACAAUAAAUCGUUUUAGAUUACCUAUGCUGAAAAUCCCAAAAUGAGGCGAGAUUCUCGGAUCAGUUCUGAGGACGAGCAAACAAUUCUCGAUGAAAUCAACGGGAGAAUCAGAAAAUGUUUCUUAAACACCCAUUCCAGUCAAAAUGAAAGAAUGCGAUCUCAGUCAAGAUGUUCUUAUGAAAGUGGGGAAGUGUAUUCUAAUGACAAGGUGCAAGAAGACGUUUAUUUGACUGAUAGAACUGUCCCUAAGUUGAAUCUUCUGAACAAUAGUCUUAUGGCCCGUCUGCGGAAGACCAUACCGGCGGAGGUUCUCACCAAUGACGAGGCGAUGCACCGCAUUCGACGGGAUACUGUCAAGGACAUUGUGCGGAUGAAAAUCUUGCGGAAACAGCUGUUCUCGGAGGCAUCUCAAAGGGCGGCAAUUAUCACAAGCGAAGAACAGUCACUCAUUCAGCGCCACUACCAGAUGCGGCAGAGGACGAAGGAACUCAACCGUCAAACCCACGAGCAGUUGCUCAAAGCAAAAAUGUCUGCGAGUCUCCCUGGAACAAAGACAAUACCUAGUCAUAAAACACCCCAUUCCUUUUCAUCGUUAUAUAGCUUCGACGGUGAGAAAAGUGAAAUCGAUCCUCGGUUAGCGCAUAUGAUGUAUGAGCGUAACAAGGAAGGUAGGAUUGAGGUUGGCGAUGACGAUGUGAAAGAGAUGAGGGAGAAAGUGGAAGCUGCCUCCUUGCUACGGAGACCUGGGACGAACGCAUCCAUUAGCACUUCAAGGGGGCGAAGAAGGCCUUCAGAAGGACACGCAGUGACGGCGUCGACGAUUUCACAGAGUAUCGGUACCAUGCCCAGUAUCAAAGCAACCAUGACACAAGCUACAACCAACGCAGAGACAGUGAGCAGGGCCGCACGGGCAACUUCACGGGUUACGUUCAAUGCGCCUUCAGAAAAUUCGGAUAGGGCAUCCGGCGCUGACGAGGAUAUUGUUGGAGCAGACGACGGAUCAGUCACGGAGACCACCCAAGGUAAAGAACUCAAGAAACCGAAGCCACCGCCUAUGCCCUUCGAGCGCUACGCCAUCCGCCCUUUGAGCAACACUAGCCGCCAUUCAGCCCCGACGAUUCGCUCGACAUCAAGGGCCAGCGCCGCGAGCUCCUCCAACUACGCACCAUCUUCAACUGAUACAGGCGUGUCCGUGACGUUCCAGCGGCCUCGUCGAAGUGCAGGAUCUAGACGAGGUGGUGAGAGAACGAGAGACUUACACCCUGUGGCGACAGGACUCAACCACCAAGGGACUUCUGUAGAGAAAACACGAUUCAGAGCUUUGAACAGAAAGGGUGAUAUAAAGGUGGCUAAGGUGUGGACACGUAAACAUAUAAGUACGAGCGAUCUUCCCAUCGUUUGGGCAAGGGAAGACACUUACAUCGAUGAACCACCGAUAUCACCAUUUCAGAGAUAGAGGGUAUUUAAAUCAAUGCAUUGUAUCUUCAAAAGAAAUCUAGUAGCUAGUCGGCAAGAAGAAAUCGUAAUGUGUUGGAAGGGCUUAGAAAUGUAUAGUUGCUGACGAUAGCCCUAUCAACAUCAGGAAAGGAUUUUCUCAUAAAUUUCGGCUCUAACCUAACCAAUCCAUGAAAACAUUUGUUGGGGUGAUAUUGUUAUUAAAGUACAGAAAGGGUGGGGGUAUCCUUUUUGCAGCCCAAAAUAUAUUUGCCUGGCGAGAAAACGCUUAUGAUAUAUACAGGUACAUGUAUUCAUUGGGAGAGUAAUUUGUGUCUGUAUAGCACUUUUGCAUUAACCUUGAACUCAAAGCUAUGUUGAAACCGUAUUUCUUUAUGGGAUUCAUGAUAUACAUGUAAUUAUAUAAUAUGAUAAUACGCAAAUAUACUUAUACACAUGCAAAAUUUCAGCUGAAGGACCUUUUUGUAUUUUUCAACAACUUUUAGUCAACCAUUUUUCCCGGUAUAGGUCAACCGGGUUACCCGGUAUA